AUGUCACUGAUAAGAUGGUGGAAAAAGCAUGCUGAAUCACUAUCGAAUUUGACGAUCUUGGACAUCAGUUAUUGUUUGAAGAUCACAUGUGAAGGGCUUGUAGCAUUUGGAGAUAACUGCAAAUCCUUGAUACAUCUGAGAAAUAUGCCACCACCUGAAUGGGAGACGCCUGUGAAAAGAAAUUCUUCACACCUGAACGAUUGGCUUCAGCAUCUUGAACUUGCUUUUGGCUCAUUUGGAGAUUCUGGUCUUAAUGCCAUUCUUACCAAGUGCAAGGCUCUUUCUCAUCUUGAUAUUCAAGGCUGUUGGGGUGUGGAGCUGAAAGAUGAUAUGCAGUAUACAUGCAUGCAGCUUAGCUUUUUCAGGGGCCCCUGGAUUGAUGACUAUGUCAGUGAGAGUGAUGUGGAAGAUGACGAGGCUGCUUCUGCAGAUACUGAAUCUGAUUAG